CGUCAAUGUAACAAGGUAUAUUCAAUUUAAAACAAAAAUGCCCUUCGGACGAGGCGUACAGACGUGGGUUGGUUUUCUUCAGUGUUAUUUUCAUUUAUUUGACAACAUUUUAUAUUCUCUUUAUUAGUAUUUAAAUAUUCUAUAUUCUUUACUCGGAUCAUACAGUUAACGUUAUAACGGGACUUAGAAAUAGGCAUGCUAUUUUAAGUUAUAUUUCAAAUGAGAUACUAGAUUUAAAAAGAGAAAGUGUUCGAAGUACCAUGUGAACACAAUGACAACAACCAGCAGACGAUCUGUCGGAUUCUGCGAAGAACCGGAAAUCAUUAACAGCGCAGAAUCGUCAUUUGAUUUCGAUAAUUAUCAUAUCUAUGAAAAUAUUACGACAAUUAAUGUAAAUGGAGAUAUCAAAAAUGAAAAAGAGAAACAAAGCUCUACUGGAAAUGAACAAGGAGACAAAAUUGAUACUGCUGAUAGUCAUUUUCAGCUAAAGCAAAAUAAAAAUGCAAAAGCUCAUUUAAACAUAACACAAACUACUGCAGAAGUGCACUCGCCAGUUACUUACAUUACAGAAAAGGGAAUAAAACCAUGCUUACGAAAAGAUGGGAAAAUGCAUGACGUACCAAAUGAUAAAAAUCAUAAUUUGAAAGUUGUGGUUAAAACAAAGACUGACCUUAAAGAAAAUAUUUACGGAAAAAUACCAAAAUCAUUUAUAAAACUCGAUCAUCCAUGUUAUGCUUGUUUGACGAAUACAUCAGAUAACAACCGGAUGUAUGAAAGUGUUGAUGAUACUUCUACCUCUGAAGAUUCGUAUCAAAGUUUGAUUAAAUCGUCAACGGAAUCACAAGAAACUGUAUCCGAACCGUCUAUUACCGAGACUAGUGUGGGUAAGGUUCUCAAUGAUACCACAAAAACUAACACGACAGAAGAAAACAAAAACGUACCUAUAAACGAUAAACUAAAGCCUUGUGAUACUAAACCUAAUAUACAUUUGCAUUCCGAAAUAAACAUUAGUAACGAUGAACUACCAAAAUACAAAUACGAUUCUUCGUUAUCAUAUUCGUCAUUUCCUGGACAUAGCAAUUUCAUUUUUGUAAAGGCAAACGAUUGGCUCAAAGAAGGCUGCAAGUAUGAUCAAGACGGAUUUGCAGUGCAGUCAAACUACGGUCAUUUUGAUAUGAAAUCAAAAGGUACAAGUGCUCCUUGGCUAUCGCAAUUUCGGCGAACAGUUCAGCAUGUUUAUAUUUCUCCGCAUGGAAAAGUAGUAGAGAAUAUUUCCGUACAAGACCAUGAUGGAAAAGCGUUUAUUACUUCUUAUCAUACAAACAAAGAACUUAAGAACGUCAAAGAAAAGUCUGUCGGGAGUGAUUCGUACAAGAAAAGAAAAUUGUCUAGAAAAAGGACUUGUAUGUUUUAUAUCUCGCUCUUCGCUGGAACCAUAGUAGCAGUGGCAAUAACUUUAUUAUUAGCAUAUACAAUAUAGAUAUUAAUUAGCUUGUUAAUAAAACAACGAAUACAAAGUGUGACGUUAUUACUCCUAUGUGAUCAAAAUGUUUUGAGAUAUCCUUUUUUCUUUAUAUAUAUUUAAAAACCUUAUAUAGCUACGUUAUGUUUUGUUGGUUAUUCUAGAUGAUGACACAUAAUAUAGUCAAUAACUAUCAAUACAUGCAUUUUAAUUAAACAUGGAAGCUAUUGUAUCCUACACAUAAACCAACAUUCAUCUUGUUCUCAUGACCAGACCAGCUGACUAUCUUGAUCAGAUUCACGCACUGUUUGUUUUUCUAUGUUUGUACGCCAUUUUUCGGAGAAGUUGGAGGUUGGUGG